ACAGUGCUGCAGAUAGGGGCUGCCAACACAUGCGGCGCUUCUGCAGGUGAGGGAACAGGCUGAAUGUGCCGGACACACUGAGGAAUUCAACCAACGUUUCCGAAAUAAACUGCGUCGGAUAUACAUUUUUAAUUGUUUUGAUUGUUCUUCUUAAUGCAACCUUUGGCAUUGUGGAGUCGCAAAAGGGAAGAACUAUUCUGCCUGCUGGCUGCAAGAGACUUGGAGGAAGAGAGCAGAGUAGGCAGCCGGACAGGUAAUUUGUUUCAUAUUCACAUCCUCAAGAUCGGAGAGUUGUCGGGCUCCGCGCAGUCAACACACGCUGCCUGAUGAGUUUGGAAACUGCGCGGGCAUUUACACGAUCCUCUCACAUAUGGACAUAUCGCCGGAGAGAGGAAUAUUGCAGCCUCACCCAAAAAAACAGGAGAUUCUAAUCACAAACUGUGAGUAAAACGGCGGUAUAUGGACUGAAUUCACUUUCUGUUGAUCCGAUGAUGUUCGGACUAUAACAUUUUGGCUUUUACGCGCAUGCAAUUCAAAUAUUUGUGGGAGCGCACGGAGCCUCUCUGAGGACUUUUCAAUAUCAUUGCGUUUAAAAAAAAAAUUACUAUAACAAGGAAAGAGCGACUAACAUUCAGUGCUGGAGGAGGGAAAGCAGAGAACAGACGAGAGCCCGUACACUUGCUGCUUUGCACUGCAGCAGGAGCGAUGUAGGAAGUCGUCCGGAGGAUGAAGUCUCACGCAUCCCACAGCAGAGGGCUUUGCUCUUUAUGAAAACGAUAUUUUUUUUCCCAUAGUCUCAGAGUCUCCGGUAGUGAUAACAUUCUUUUUUUGUGUCGACAUUUUCAAAUCUAAGUGGACAUUUUUCAGGGGAGAACAAUGAGGACUACUGGCGCAGUGGACUAUUUGUACUAUUGCAUGCUCAUCCUGCAGCUUGUGCAUCAGCCCGCUGCCAAGCAAGUGCUCCGGUACCGUUUGGCUGAGGAGGGACCCGCCGAUGUCAGAGUAGGGAACGUAGCCGGCGACCUGGGCAUUGUUGCCGGGUCCGGCGAGGUGACAUUCACGCUAGAGUCAGGCUCUGAUUUUUUAAAAAUAGACAACAUAACAGGUGAGCUCACCACCAAUGAGAGGCGCAUAGACCGUGAAAAAUUACAGCAGUGCCAAAUGAUAUUUGAUGAAAAUGAGUGUUUUAUAGAUUUUGAGGUGUCAGUGAUUGGACCAGCUCAAAGCUGGGUUGACCUCUUUGAGGGAAAAGUAAUCAUAUUAGAUAUAAAUGAUAACACCCCCUCUUUCCCUUCCCCUGUCCUGACACUGUCUGUGGAGGAAAACAGACCCAUUGGAACGCUUUAUCUGCUGCCCACAGCCACAGACAGAGAUUUUGGCAGAAAUGGAAUAGAGCGAUAUGAGCUUAUCCAGGACAAUGGGGAAAACUCAAGGCGCUUGGGCUCUUCCGGGGAUUCAUUCUCGGGGAAGAGGAGAUUUGAGGAAGGCGCAAGCAGGAGCAGCGUCUUUGAACUGCAAGUUGCUGACACUACUGAUGGAGAGAAGCAGCCUCAACUCAUCAUUAAAGGGGCCCUUGAUAGGGAACAGAGAGACUCCUAUGAGCUAACACUGCGUGUUAGGGACGGAGGUGAUCCCCCACGCUCCUCCCAGGCCAUUCUUAGGGUGAUGAUCACUGAUGUGAAUGACAACAGCCCUCGAUUUGAGAAGAGUGUGUAUGAAGCUGACCUACCAGAAAACAGCUCCCCUGGUGCCCCCAUACUGCAGCUCAAAGCGGCUGAUGCAGACGUGGGGGUUAAUGGUCAAAUAGAGUAUGUGUUUGGGGCAGCCACAGAGUCAGUAAGGAGGCUGCUGAGGUUGGAUGAAAGCACAGGGUGGCUGAGUGUGUUGCACCGCAUCGACCGUGAAGAAGUGAGCCAACUUAGGUUCACAGUAAUGGCCCGUGACCGGGGCCAGCCACCGAAAAUGGACAAGGCCACUGUGGUGUUGAACAUCAAGGAUGAGAAUGACAACGUUCCUGCUAUAGAGAUAAGGAAAAUUGGACGCAUUUUCUUAAAAGAUGGCAUAGCCAACGUGGCUGAGGAUGUGGUGGUGGACACACCCAUUGCCUUAGUUCAGGUGUCAGACCGUGACCAGGGGGAAAACGGCAUUGUGACCUGCACAGUGGUAGGGGAUGUUCCCUUUCAGCUCAAACCAGCCAGCGAGAUGGAGGGUGAGCAGAAUAAAAAGAAAUAUUUCCUCCACACGUCCGCGACGCUGGACUAUGAGGCCACACAGGAAUACAAUGUGGUCAUAGUGGCUGUGGACUCUGGAAGCCCCAGUCUGGCAAGUAAUAACUCUCUUAUCGUCAAAGUGGGUGACACUAACGACAACCCUCCUAUCUUCAGCCAGAAUGUAGUAGAGGUGUCGUUUCCAGAAAGCAAUGCCCCUGGCGAACGGGUGACAACAGUGGCAGCCAUUGACGCAGAUAGUGGGAAGAAUGCUGAAAUAGCCUAUUCCCUAGACUCAUCAGUAAAUGGGAUUUUCUCUAUCGACGCAGACAGUGGAGACAUCCGAGUAAACACCAUUCUGGAUAGAGAGCAAACGGAGCGCUACGAAUUCAAAGUGAUAGCCAAAGAUAAAGGCAUAAACACUCUACAGGGCUCAGCAACAGUGGUUGUACUUGUGGCAGACAAAAACGACAAUGAUCCAAAGUUCAUGCAGGAUGUGUUCACUUUCUAUAUUAAAGAGAACCUUGAGCCAAACAGCCCAGUCGGCAUGGUCACAGUCAUUGAUGCAGAUAAAGGCCAGAAUGCAGAGAUGAGUCUUUUCAUUGAGGAAGAGGAGGACAUCUUUUCUAUUGAGAAUGACACAGGGACUAUUUUCUCCACUCUGUCGUUUGACCGAGAGCAAAAAACCACAUACACAUUCCGUGUCAAGGCUGUGGACGGUGGUGAUCCACCCAGAUCCGCCACCGCCACAGUUUCCCUCUUAAUAAUGGAUGAUAAUGACAAUGCACCAACAGUCACUUUCCCAAUAAACAGCUCCUACACCCUUCUUCCUCCCUCCAGUAACAUCAGAACAGUAGUCAGAACUGUCAUAGCCACUGACGCCGACACUGGCAUCAACGCCGACUUGAACUACAGCAUCAUUGGGGGAAACCCCUUCAAGCUGUUUGAGAUUGAUGGGGGCACUGGGGUCAUUUCACUGGUGGGGAAGUUGGAGCAGAAGCACUAUGGCCUCCACAGACUAGUGGUCCAGGUAAACGACAAGGGUCAGCCUUCACAGAGCACCACAACACUAGUUCAUGUGUAUGUCAACGAGACACUUUCCAAUUCCACAGUUGUGGACACCCAGGUGGCUAAGAGCCUGAGCACAUCUCUGAACACCAACAUUGCCGGUGACCCCAACUAUGAUCUAAGCAAACAGCGGCUAAGCAUUGUCAUUGGAGUAGUUUCCGGCAUCAUGACGGUUAUCCUCAUAAUUCUAGUCGUCGUCAUGGCCCGUUACUGCCGUCCCAAGAAUAAGAACGGCUACGAGGCUGGCAAGAAGGAUCACGAAGACUUCUUCACGCCACAGCAGCAUGAUAAGUCCAAGAAGCCCAAAAAAGAUAAGAAGAAACAGAAGUCCAAACAGCCACUCUAUAGCAGUAUUGUCACCGUAGAGGCCUCCAAACCCAACGGGCAGCGCUACGAUGGCGUCAACGAGAAGCUGUCGGACAGUCCUGGCAUGGGACGCUACCGAUCGGUCAACGGAGGACCAGGGAGCCCAGAUCUGGCCCGGCACUACAAGUCCAGUUCACCGCUCCCUACCGUCCAGCUUCACCCGCAGUCUCCGACAGCUGGAAAAAAGCACCAGGCAGUUCAGGACCUGCCCCCUGCCAACACCUUUGUUGGCACCGGAGAUAACAUUUCCCUUGGAUCUGACCACUGCUCUGAAUACAGCAGUCAAACUAUCAACAAGUACAACAAACAGCCGUUUCGCCGAGUGACCUUCUCGGUGGUGAGCCAGCCCCAGGACCCUCACCAGCAGGGAUCGCUGCAGAGCUGCUACGACAGCGGCCUGGACGAGUCGGAGACGCCCAGCAGCAAGAGUUCAUCGGGUCCCCGGCUGGGCGCCCUUCCCCUCCCCGAGGACAGCUACGAGAGGACAACGCCGGAUGGCAGUGUCGGUGAGGCAGAGCACAUGGAAAAUGACUCCCGGCCCUUGCCUGAUGUAGCCAUGACUGGCAAGUGCACACGGGAAUGCGACGAGUACGGCCACUCGGACUCCUGCUGGAUGCCUGUGCGCACGUCGCCUGAGCGACGGCCAUCCAAGUCAACCACCACCCCCCAACAACCAAAGCUUUCCACUUUCAUGAGCGGCAACGGCAGCAGCGGCAGCAGCAGCGCCGGGGAGCCCGGCAGCCAAGAGAUCCUCGCCAUGGCCGCCAUGGCCAACGGAGACCCCGCCGCCGCUCAUAUGAUGGGCGACCGCAAUCGCAACCUGCUCAACAAGAAGAUGGCUUCCUCCUCCUCCUCCUACGAGGCCUUCGGCUCGCCUUCCUUCGGCUCGCCAGGAAAUGGGGAGGAGGCGCUGGGCCACCCCACCGAGGAGAUCCCUCUGGCACCUACUGGGGAGUACAAGCCCACGUCCUGUGGUACUCUGACUCGACGGGAGGUGUACCUAACACUGCUCUGGCUGUGGUGUUCAGUGGCUGCAACAAUAUAUACGUAUGGGACUUUGGACAUAAUGGUCUCUGUCAUAUUGAGCUGUUUGUGAUAAAAGUUACUCAAUAGCAGACCAAGAUGUAACCGUUUUCAAAUCUUAUAAGGACGGGAAGCUUUAAAUACUCAGCCCAGAAAACAACACUUGUGUCUGUCCUCUCUUGAAAUGGACAUUUGUUGGACAGACAUGGGAGCCAAUGGAAUUUGCAACAACACCUUGUUUAAGACUACAACACCACUGGUGUGACACACAUAUGAUGACUUAUUCUAACCUACCAGUGUGUACGCUCUUCACAAGUGAAAGGUCACUCAUUGUACAUAAACAUUGGACAACAGCAACAACGCUAACUGCUCUCAUUCCAUUUUGUCUUACUACCUUUCUUCAGUCUCUCGUUCUUUGUCUUUGAUUGGCGAGGUUGAGACCGAAACCCUCUUAAGAGAUGCAAAAUCUUAGAGCCAUGACCUAUCGCCGCAUUGGCUUGAAAAGCAUGCAUGUACAUGGUCGUGCAUAUUCGCAUCACCACAGUGGGAUGCUACCAUUUGUAUCAAGUUGUAAUUCUUGCCCUGUUUUUGGCAAAUCACAUAUGCAGACACACAGAAGCAGAAAAGCAGAUCCAUAUAACUGAGUCCAGUGGCGCUGCCGGACUGUAAAUCCUGGGUAAGCACAGUGUGUGGCAUGCCGAGAUUAAAAUUAUGGGGGUGCAACUGAAAUCGUAUGUGUGUAUGGGCCCGAUAUGCAGUAUAUAGUGUGUGUGUGUUUAGGCUAUAUUUAGUGUAUACUUUAGAUGUACACCGAUAAUAGGCUUAGGAGGGCAUAAACAUGGCCAAACUGAUCCUAAAACAGCUGCAAGGACAGCUUUUUGCUGUUAUUUCUUUCUUGUUGUGUGAUAGACUGAGCAAUAAAUAUAAUAUACACGUGA